GCAAAAAACAACAUAUCUGUAAGCAAAUUCAAGAAUACACUCUAAAGGCUAAUCCGGUGGCGCCGAUUCCGUACCUGAACGGUAGCUCUAUUUGGCUCCAAGUAACAGCUAACCGUUGUUUUCGUGUAAAUUGAGAGAAAGUUUUUAAUUUUAAAAAUUGCAUCAAAUUUAAUGUAUGCUUUAAGUAACUAUAUUAUAACUUGGCCAUAAGUAAAUCCAGAUGGUGUGGUGGACUGUUUGCAUUAUCGGCUGACAUUUUAAAUCGCACCAAAUAAAAAUAAAAUGGCACAUAUUAAAACCAUGCAACGUGAACUGAAUAUUGAAAAAAAAAUGCGUAACUUAACAUUUCAUUUUUAAAAGUACUGUCGAUAAACAUUAACAAACUAAAAGAAUAGACCCUAUCUCCUAGAAAAAAUAGAAACUAUGAUAAUAUUUCUGUUGGCCAAGGAAAGUGUUAGGUCUAAAGAUCUGAACAUUUGUCUAAGGUUGGACAAAAUACAGUAUUUUGUCGACUAAAUAAUAAAUACAAGAUACGUGUAACUUAAAAAAACUAAUUACAAUUAUCUUAAGUUAGAAGAUACAAAAUACCGGUUCAAAAUCCAAAAUCCGUAAUUAUUAAUAAUAAUUGUGUCUGUAUACACUGUAUUUUUUUUUAAUACUGGACCAAUUCCUUCAAUUAGUGAUUUGAGGGGGGGGGGUAAAUGUUCUCUUUAGAGUUAUUCUAGUAAGUUUUUAGUACUUAAGUACAAGUUUUAUGUCUUAAUUCUUUUUUUUUUUUUAAUUAGCAUAAAAACGUUUAUUUGAAAAUGAUUUGAUCCGAGUAAGCCAGUACAGUGGGGUCGAGGAAUAAUGGGAUCAAAGCAUAGUGGGACGAAGAAGUCAUAGGUCUACAGGAAUUAUUAUAAAAAAAAGUGAUAAAAUCACUUUCAAAUAAACGCUUUGAUGCUAAUUCGUAAACAUUACUCCUCACAUUAAUACUUAGAAACUGUGCUUGGUUUGGAAUUUUCUGGUUUGAAAAUGCUAAGUAUUGAUGCCCCACUAUGCCCCGCCCCUACUGUACUGGCUUUUCCAUAUGUAUUCAUUUAUUAAAAUUUUAAAUGUAUUUCGCGGUAUGAAAUUUAAUAUAUGUGUUGACUAAUAGGGUCGUUCGGUUUUAUAGAAAGUAUUAAAAUAUAUUCUUACUUACAAUUAAAGAUGUUUUUUUGUUUUAUCAACAGAUAUUGUAUAUUUGUAGUAAAUACAUUUGUUUAUGUUUUUCGACCGUACAAACGCGAAGGUGAAAAAUAACAGCAAUAUUUGGUAAGUACGCCGUAGGACUAAAUGUUUUAAAAGAGCUUUGUGUAAGCAACGAAGGUAUUUUGGUAAAAUAUAUAGGUUUAUUGAUGUAUAGAUAAAAUGUAUACGAUAAACAUGUAAUAAGGUCAUACUAAAAAAAACUCUGUGAAUCCGAGUUUUCAAAAAACAUAAUAUCAAUAAUUUGUUAGCGCCUCGCACGACUAUUUGUGUACAGAAGAGCUUCACGUAAACGACGACGGUAUUUUUAUGAAAAAUAUAUCGAUACGUCGCACAAGUACGUUGAAAGCCACAUCUACCAGUUGAAGUUAAGCAAUUGUAAGAAGUGACGACAGAAUGGCAGUGUUGAAAUCAUGGUAUGUGAUUAUUUUUUUCAUAAUCGGUGUACGGUCUUCCAAUGACAAGGAAGAAAUCGAGAAUCAUUUAGAAAAAAUAGAGAGCUUAAAAUAUUUGGCUACCGGUUACAAUAACCAAGAACAAUAUGAGCGUGAAAAUUUGGAAAAUAAUUCAGGCUCUGAUUUGCUGAGUAAAAUAUCGGACUUGUAUGUCCACUUGGAAUGCGGAUACUUUUACAGCACUCAGUUUCAUUUAAAAUUAACGGGCGAAGCGGUUUUCGACAACAUCAAAAACAUUCUCACGCAGGAGACAAUUGAGUAUUUUUUGUUUGAUAAAGAAGCGUCCAUGAUGCUCGAUUCGUUGUUGGAUCUAAAAAAAUAUUCGGCAAACCGUCUAUGGUUACUUGUUAUAUACGCCCGUCAAUUAAGCGUUUUCUUCGGACAAAUUAUUAAAGACGGCGGUACGUUUAAUUCGGAAAUUUUAACUGAAACCCAACGGAUGCACGAGUUCGUGCUAACCGAAAUAGAUAAACACUUUGAAAACUUGAAGUGUCCAAUCGGAAACUCUUUCGAUAUAAAAAACAAAAAACCCUAUUCAGUUUCAAACAUUGACAGCGUGAAAAAUGCAAUACAGCAGAACAAAAAGUUACUGCAUGAAAACUUCGAAAAAAACCGGGAUAAAGGACUAUUGCAGUUCUCGAUGUCCGAAUCGUUUUGGGACGGCUUGUUUAUUUUUCAUGACAAGGAAACAUACAGAUUGGUUAUUGACGAAUUUCUUGCCGACAAUUCCGAUCGAAUAACAGUCUUUAGGAAAACACCUUAUCCGAUAAUUAUAUGCGGGUUAAAGGGAAUCAAAACCCUUUGGAAUAGACAGCGUCUGGUAAUCGGCACGUUGAAAACGAUAAUGUUGGAAAUCAUGUUGUCGUAUACCAUUCAAUCUAGCCGAAUGGACCAGUCCAAUGACUUUGUAACAAACACAAACAAGUUUGUAAAUGAAAUCAUAAGCAAGUUUAUGGACUUAAUGUUGCUGAACGAUAAAAAGUCAUUCAAAAAGGUCUAUGAAAAAUUCACAAACUGCUCAUCGUACACGCAGAGAUCUCAUAGUUUUAAAGAAUGCAUGAAGGUUGCCAAAGUAGCCAUCGAAUGGUUGAUUGGGGAAUUGAAGAAGAAAGUUCAUUUACCCCUAAUCAAAACAAUAUUGAGCGACUGUGAAGGCGGCAACGUAAUAGAAAAGCCUACCGUUAGUGACUUUCUUAGAGUUGGCAAACUGUUUCUCGAGAAAAUUGAGAAUAACAUUAUACCACAUUCAAUCAGGUUGGUGUAUUCUUUUGGGGAUUUUAGGAACACGAUAAAAGAACAACUGCAGUGA